GGUGGGGUUGGGGAGUAGCCGCCCCUGUAGCAGCCUGCUGCCCGAUCGGCCCCUCCCACGUUCCUCCCGCCCGGCGCCCUCUCCGCCUCCCCGCCCUUACUCCACCCCCUUCUCGGCCGGAUCCCCUUCCUCUCCGUGUGCGCGCUUUAAAUAAUUUCCUCCUUUUUGGCAAAAGAAAUAAUGCACCUGACUUUACCAGGGGGAAACAGCCAGCCGAGCAGAACAAGGAACAGAUGUAAAAGGAAUAGAAGAAGAGAAAAAAAGCGAUGGGACUCGCUUAAAGACAUCCAGAGGCUGGAGAGGUGGCCGCGGAGGCAGAGGCAGCUAGAGCCGACCCCGCCUGCGUGAGCUGCGGGCUGAGGACGUCUGCACCAGUUGCAGAUGCCACCCUGGGAACUCCCGGGUCUUUUGGUUUGUUUGCCAAACAAAGUCUUUUCUUCUCUGGCUUAGAUACGGAAGAGGCUCCUGGGUUGUUCUGAGAUCCCAGCACAAGCUGGAAGCUACCCGGAGCUUUCCUAAAGAGCUGCAGGAGAAAUGAGCCCUGCUGGGCGGAGGAUGGGUGAAGGGCGUCAGCCUGCGGGGUCACCCCGAGGGCGGCCCCGCGGCGCCGGAGCGCAGAGCUCCCUGCUCCGGCUUUUCGUCCACGCCUGGCUGUGGACAGCCUCGGGCUCGUCUGCCCAGGUGUUCAACCUCAGCCUCUCGGUGGACGAAGGGCUGCCCCCGGACACACUGGUGGGUGACAUUCGCGCGGGGUUGCCAGCAGCGCAGCAGCAGGAAGGGAAUGGCUUUUUUCUGUCGGAGGACUCGGAUGACUCCCCGCUGCUGGACGACUUCCACGUGCACCCGGACACUGGUAUCAUACGCACCGCACGGCGUCUGGACCGCGAGCGGCGGGACCACUACAGCUUCGUGGCCGCCACGCUGUUGGGAGAGGUGGUGCAGGUGGAGAUCCGCGUCAACGACGUGAAUGACCAUUCGCCUCGCUUUCCCCGGGACUCCCUGCAGCUGGACGUGUCGGAGCUCAGCCCGCCAGGGACAGCUUUUCGCCUGCCAGGCGCCCAGGACCCGGACGCGGGGCUGUUCGGCAUCCAGGGCUACACCUUGCUGCAAGCUUCCGACUUGCCCCAGGACCCCGCAGGACCCUUCUUCCAAUUGCGCUACGGGACGCCCGGGCUACCGGCAUCGCCUUCCCUGCCCGUGCCCUCAUCACCCCUGGAACCUUUAGACUUGGUGCUGCUGCGGCGCUUGGACCGAGAGGCGGCGGCGGCGCACGAGCUGCACAUUGAAGCGUGGGACGGUGGCAGCCCUCGGCGCACAGGCCUCCUGCACGUGCAGCUGCGUGUGUUGGAUGAGAACGACAACCCGCCAGUUUUCGAGCAGGGCGAGUACCGCGCCGCAGUACGCGAGGACGCCCAGCCGGGCACUGAGGUUUGUCGCGUGCGUGCCACCGAUCGCGACUUGGGACCCAAUGGCUUGGUGCGCUACAGUAUCCGGGAGCGGCAACUGCCCGUGGUGCCGGGCUCAGGUAGCGGACCACCGGGCGAUCCGGGCUAUUUCUCGGUGGAGGAGCUGAGCGGAGUAGUGCGGGUGCAGAGACCUUUAGACCGCGAGGGACAGGCCUGGCACCAGCUGGUGAUCCAGGCCCGUGACGAGGGCGCCGAGCCAGAGGUAGCCACCGUGCGCCUAUCCAUAGACGUACUGGACGUGAAUGACAACCCGCCUGCCAUCCACCUGCUCUUUCUCACCGAGGGUGGCACGGCCCACGUCUCUGAGGGCGCUAGGCUAGGCGACUACGUGGCUCGAGUCUCGGUGUCCGAUGCAGAUGGUGACCCAGAGAAUGAAGAGGAGGCUGCGGGGGUGCUUGGUGCACGCUUCCUUGGGGCAAGCAGCAUCAAGUUGUCCUUAGAGGGUGGGAACGGAGUCUUUGCUCUGAGGCCGGGUGGUCCACCUGGAGUAUUUUUCCUUUGCGUGGAGGGCCUCUUGGACAGAGAAAGCCAAGAUCUAUACGAGUUAAGACUAGUGGCCACUGAUGCAGGGUCCCCGCCUUUGAGCACGGAGGAGUCGCUGUUGCUCUGGGUCUCGGACCUCAAUGACCAGCCACCUGUCUUCAGCCAGGAGCAUUACUGGGCCUCGGUGUCUGAAGCCGCUGUCCCUGGCACCUCGGUGGUUUGGGUCAGCGCUUUGGAUGCUGACCAGGCUGAUACUGAUCACGCCAGGCUGCGAUAUACGCUAGUGCCACUCUCAGAUCCCUGCGAGAUGGAUGCUCCGUCACCAGAGGCAGAGUGUGUGCCAUCCUUCAGCAUCAAUCCCAACAAAGGUUUGAUCAGCACCAUCCGAGCUCUAGACCGAGAGGUCCAGGAGACGGUGGAGCUGAGAGUGGUGGCCCAGGACCUUGGAGAGCCGCCACUUUCUGCCACCUGUCUAGUGACCAUUACUGUGGAUGAUGUGAAUGACAAUGAGCCCGUUUUCCGGAGGCAGGUGUAUAAUGUCACCCUUGCUGAGCAUGCCGCAGUUGGACAUUGCUUUCUGCAGGUAAAAGCCUCGGAUGCAGAUGCAGGGCUCUACGGCUUAGUUGAGUAUUCUCUUUAUGAUGGAUUCCAAAGCUAUGAAGCACCUCCAGCAUUCCAGAUCAACCCACAGGAUGGCCGCAUCUGUGUGUCCCAAGACAUAGACAGGGAAAGGGAUCCGGGCACCUUUGAUCUGCUGGUAAAAGCUAAGGAUGGGGGUGGUCUUAGUGCCCAAGCUUUUGUCCGGGUGGAAGUGGAUGACGUGAAUGAUAACUACCCUGUCUUCAAUCCAUCAACCUAUGUGACAAGCAUCAGUGGCCAGACCCCACCAGGAACUGAGAUCAUCAAUGUUCUUGCCAGUGACAGAGAUUCUGGAAUAUAUGGAACAGUGGCUUAUGAACUCAUCCCAGGAGAUCAGUCGACCCUCUUCACCAUUGACUCCACUACAGGGAUUAUUUACUUAACAUCAACUCUCAGCCAUCUGGAAGCCACCACCCUUUUUCUGAUGGUCUGUGCUCGAGAUGGUGGCGGGCUCACAGCUGCCACUAAUGCUGAUGUCACCAUCCACGUCAUGCAGACCACGCUGGCUCCUGCGGAGUUUGAAAGGCCCAAGUACACCUUCUCAGUUUAUGAAGACGUGCCAAAAGACACGCUCGUUGGAACAGUGAAGGCAAGAGAGUCCUUGAAUUCCUCAGAACCAAUCACGUAUCGGAUCUCCUCUGGCGAUCUGGAAGGAAAGUUCUCCAUUCACAGAUGGCUGGGCAGUAUCCGCACCCUGAAGGCCCUGGACCAUGAAGCACAGCCCAUAGUUGUCCUCACGGUCCAGGCACAGCUCGGCAGCUCCCCAGCCUGCAGCAGCACAGAAGUGAACAUAACGGUGAUGGAUGUCAACGAUAACCGCCCUGAGUUUCCCACAGCCUCAGAUGAGAUUAGGAUCUCCCAGACCACUCUGCCUGGUACAGCCUUGUACGUUGCACGUGCGCAGGAUAGAGACAGCGGGCUGAAUGGACUGGUCCGGUACAGCAUCGCAAGCCCCCAACCAAGCAAAUUCAGCAUGGACCAAGGCCGUGGGGUGCUGUACCUCAGCGAGAGUCUGGGAGGCCAGGCAGACUUCAGGCUGACUCUCGUGGCUAAGGAUCAAGGUGUUCCUCCUCAGGCAUCCCAGUUGGUACUCACAGUAGUUAUUGAGAGCCAAGAACGAAUCCCAGCGGUGGCUUUUGAAAACUUGGUCUAUCAAGUAGAAGUUAGUGAGUCUCUCCCACUGACAACUCAAAUCCUUCAGGUACAGGCCUACCCACUGGAUCCGUGGCGCCCAGCCUUGAAGAUCAUAUACUCUCUGGAUGUCAGUGUGGACUCUGCGGUGUUUGGGAUCCACCCUCACACAGGGUGGAUUUAUCUACGACAACAGCUAGACUAUGAAUCUACACAGACAUACAAGUUUAGAGUGUUUGCGCAAACCCCAGGGGACAGAUCAUUGCAGAUUGCGAGCACUUCAGUGAUAGUUCAUGUCUUGGAUGAGAAUGACAACUCCCCAGCCUUCCUGCAGAACAGGGUGUUUUUGAACGUUGAGGAGAGCCCUGUCCCCCUAGGGGUAAUAGGCAAAAUGACAGCCAUUGAUGCUGACGCUGGGAAGAACGGGCAGCUCUCAUAUUUCCUUUUGACCGAUGGGAAGUUCUUCAAGAUGAAUCCUAACACAGGUGAGCUGAUCAAUUGGUUGGCAUUGGAUCGUGAGCACCAGGGGCACCAUCACAUGACUGUCCUAGUGACAGACCACGGCUCCCCUCCACGGAAUGCCAGCAUGCUGGUUUAUGUCACAGUUACUGACAUCAAUGACAACAGGCCUUAUUUCCCUCAGUGUCUCCCGGGAAAGGAAUUUCACAUCAAGGCUUUGGAAGGCCAGCCAGUCAAUAUGCUGGUUACAACUGUCUUUGCAAAGGAUCUUGAUGAAGGACUCAGUGCAGAACUUACAUACUCCAUCUCUUCAGAUUAUCCUGCUCACUUUAAGAUUGAUGCAAACAACGGUGAAAUAAGAACGACCACGAUCCUUUCACAUGACUACAGACCUUCCUAUAGGAUGACAGUCAUCGCCAGUGACCAUGGGGUUCCCCCACUUCAAGGACAGGCAAUUAUUAAUAUUCAGGUGAUACCACUCUCCAAAGGGAGGGUUUUUAUGUCUCAGAAUAUCCGACAUUUAGUUAUCCCAGAAAACAUGAAGCCUUCAAAAGUCAUGAGCCUGUUGAAGUCACCUGAUCCCCUCCAACAGGACCAUCGUGGCAAGUUACACUUCAGUGUUGUGGCAGAGGACAAGGACGACCACUUUGAAAUUGAUAGCUCGACAGGAGAUUUGUUCCUAACUAAGGAACUUGACUAUGAAAUGACAUCCCAUUAUCUUAUUAGAGUGAUUUCUAAAGAUCACAGCCAAAGCCCUGCCUGGAACAGCACAGUCUUCCUUAGCAUUGAUGUGGAAGACCAGAAUGAGCAUUCCCCAUCCUUUCAGGAUGAGUUCAUUGUGAUAAGCGUAGAGGAGAAUGUCCCUGUUGGGACUCUGGUGUAUGUCUUCAAUGCCAAAGAUGGCGAUGGCGGUUUUCUGAACAGUAGGAUACAAUACUUUGCAGAAUCCAGCCAUGUUGGAAUGAACCCAUUUCUCAUCCACCCCUCCUCUGGUGCAUUGGUCACUGCAUCUCCUCUGGAUAGAGAAAAUGUUCCAACUUUCAUCUUAACUAUAACUGCGUCAGAUCAGGCUGUGAAUGUGACAGAUCGGCGAUGGAGGUCACUGGUAGCAGAAGUGGUGAUUUUGGAUGUGAAUGACCACAGCCCCACCUUUGUAUCCUAUCCCAUCACCUACGUGAGAGAGGAUGCUGAAGUGGGUUCUGUGGUGCACCAUGUAAGUGCCCAGGAUCUAGAUGCAGAGAUGAACGGAGAGAUAGCAUACAGCAUCCUCUCAGGAAACGAGGACAUGGUCUUCCUGCUAGACAGCUCAUCAGGCUUGCUGAGGACAGCUUGUCCUUUGGAUUACGAAGUGAAAACUCAGCAUAUUCUGACCAUCGUGGCCCAUGAUGGUGGCACACCAGCACGUUCUUCAUCCCAGACUCUGACCGUCACUGUCCUUGAUGUAAAUGAUGAGACGCCAGUAUUUAAGCAACUUCUGUAUGAAAGUUCAGUUAAAGAAAACCAAAGUCCAGGGGUGUUUGUUACAAGGGUUGAAGCUGAAGACACAGAUUCAGGAGUCAAUUCCAAAUUUCAGUUUGAAAUCAUGCCAGGGCCUGCCUUUGGAUUGUUUGAGAUCAAUCCUGACACAGGAGAGGUGGUGACAACUGUCACGUUUGACCGGGAAGCUCAAGGAAUCUUCAGGCUUCGAGUACUUGUGCGAGAUGGUGGCUUCCCUUCGUUGUCCAGCACUGCAGCCAUCAUCUGCACCAUUGAAGAUGAAAAUGACCAUGCCCCGGAACUUAUUGCCCUCCAUCAUGACAUUGAAAUUCUAGAAAACCAAGAUCCAGAGGUUGUGUACACUGUAUUGGCUUUUGAUAUGGAUGCUGGCAACAAUGGAGCUGUUACCUAUCACAUAGCUGAAGGAAACACCGAUGAGUACUUUGCAAUCCAUACAACCUCAGGAGAACUCUCAACAACUCGUGCUUUGGACCGGGAGCAGAUCAGCAAUUUUACCCUCACUAUAUUGUGCUCAGAUUUGGGAAACCCACCCCGAAGCUCUGCAAUGCAGCUGCACAUUAGAGUUUUGGAUGACAACGACCACAGCCCUGCUUUUCCUAUGCUUCAUUAUCAGUCCUCAGUGAGAGAAGAUGCUGAGGUGGGCACUGUGGUUCUGGUGCUGUCUGCUGUGGACAGGGACGAGGGCCUCAAUGGGCAGGUGGAAUACUUUCUCACGGGGGAGCCUUCUGGUGCUUUCACGAUUGAUCAUGUAACAGGGACCCUGAGAACUAGCCGUGCCCUUGAUCGAGAAGCCAGAUCUCAGCACGCAUUCCAGGCUAUGGCCAGAGACUGCAGCACUCAAGCUGCAAAAAGCAGCGUGCUCACCAUACUCAUAUCAGUCACGGACACCAACGACAAGGAUCCCAUUUGGGAAGAGAACCCAGUUGAGGCUUUCAUUUCCCCCAUGCUGACCCUAAACCAGACCAUUGUUCAUCUAAGAGCCAGUGACCCAGAUGCAGGGCCCAAUGGAACUGUUACUUUUAGUUUUGCAGACCACCAGUCAGUGUUUUCCAUUGAUGAAUAUACAGGAGAAAUUAAACUUCAGCAGAAUCUAUCUUCAGAACAUUUUCCUAUCUGGAUUCAGUUAAAGGCCACAGAUCAAGGGACCCCAGCAAGGGCAACCAUGGGCCUCUUGGUUGUCCACACAGAAGGAGAAGAUGUGAAACUGUCCUUCAGCCACCAUCUCUAUACAGGACUCGUGACUGAAAACUGUGAGCCAGGUACUUCUGUUGUGACUGUAAAGGCAUUUGCUCCUGUGUCAAUUCCAGACUCCAUUAGAUACUCAGUUUUUAGUGGGAAUGAAGAUGGAGUGUUCUCCCUGGGCUCCAAUUCAGGACAACUCAUUGUAGAAGAGCCUAGAUUGCUUGAUUUUGAAGCCAGGAGUGAAGUUCAGCUCAUCAUUCUUGCUGAGAACCAUGGGCAUAAAGCCUUCACCAAAGUAAGGGUUUCCAUCCAGGAUCUGAAUGACAAUCCUCCACGCUUUGCACAAAGUAUAUACCAAGCAUCGGUGUCUGAAGGACAGUUCUACAAUGCUCACGUAAUACAGGUGUCUGCUACUGACUUGGAUGGGGGCUUGAACAGCCAGAUCGAGUAUUCCAUUGUCUCUGGCAACCAAGCCGGAGCCUUCCGGAUCGACGAGCUGAGCGGAGUGAUAAUGACAGACUCCAUCCUGGACUAUGAGUCCGUGAGCUCCCACAGCUUGAUUGUGCAAGCCACAGACAGAGGGGUGCCCCGGCUUUCUGAUACAGCUCUGGUCAAGAUACAGGUGAUUGAUAUAAAUGACAAUGCCCCGGUCUUUCUUCCCUCAGAAGCAGUAGAAAUUGCAGAAAGUUCUUUGUCUGGUGUAAUUGUGGCUCGGGUAUCCGUCCAUGAUGCGGAUCUGAAUCCAGCUUUCACCUUCAGUCUUGUCAAAGAGAGCAAUCCUGGAGCCAAGUUCGCUAUCAGGCAGGACACUGGAGUAGUGGUGCUGGCGCAAACGCUGGAUUUUGAAGAAGUCACCGAAUAUGAGCUGAUCAUCCGCGUUUCUGAUUCAGCGCACCACACAGAGGGCUCCCUCAUCAUCCGUGUGCUGGAUGUCAAUGAUAACCCACCAGUUUUUACUCAAGAUUUCUACCAGGCUACGGUUCCAGAACUCCUACCUGGAGGGUACUUGGUGCUGACCCUGUCUGCCACAGAUUUAGAAAGCAGUGGAGACAUUUCUUACAGGAUCCUUUCCCCUCCUGAGGGAUUCACCAUUGACCCCAGAAAUGGGACCAUAUUUACUACUGAUUCUGUAUCACUUCUGGAAAAGAUACCAACACUUCGGUUUCUGGUUGAAGCCAGUGAUGGUGGAAUUCCCUCCUUGACGGCUCUUACAUUAGUGGAGAUAGAAAUACAAGAUGUGAACAACUAUGCCCCUGAGUUUACAGUGGGGUGCUAUAAUCUUAGCUUGAGUGAAGAUGCCCCCAUCGGAAGCACCCUCAUGACGUUUUCAACUAUCGACCGUGACUACUCUUUUGAAAACACAUACACUGAGUAUUCUAUCAUCAGUGGCAACUUACACAACUACUUCCACAUUGAAACCAGCCUCCUUGGUUCAGAAUAUCCUCACCAGCAGAGUGGUGCUCUUGUGUUGCUUCAUGCUCUGGACAGAGAAGCUAGUGCCAGCCACAAACUUGUAAUUCUUGCGUCUGACCAUGGCUGCCCUCCACUGAGUUCCACAAGUGUCAUAGGAAUAGAAGUUCUUGAUGUCAAUGACAACGCACCCACCUUCAGCAGUUGGCGGUAUCAUGCCCAUGUCAAGGAAAGCACCCCAGUAGGGAGUCACAUCACCAUGGUGUCGGCAGAAGACCUUGACAUGGGUUCACAUGCAGAAAUCAUCUAUGGCAUAAUCUCUGGAAAUGAAAAAGAACAUUUUUACUUAGAAGACAGAACUGGAGUUCUUUAUUUGGUGAAACCUCUGGACUAUGAGGAAACAAUAGCAUUCACUUUAACCAUCCAAGCUGCAGAUGAGGAGGAGAAACAUGUCUCUUUCGCUGUUGUGCACAUCAGUGUGUUAGAUGACAAUGACCACUCACCUCAGUUUCUGUCCUCUACUGUGGCCUGUGUCACUCCUGAAAACCUGCCUCCUCUCUCCAUCAUAUGUUCUGUGCAUGCUCUGGAUUUUGAUGCAGGGCCUUAUGGGGAAGUGACUUACUCUGUUUUGUCCCCCUGCCUUGUCACACAUGGGAUGCAUCCAUAUCAGGAUCUCUUUGCCAUUGAUUCUUUGACAGGGGACAUUCAUACUGAGCAAAUGCUUGACUAUGAAAGUGUUAGUGAGUACUGCCUCCUGGUUCAGGCCAAAGACAGAGGCGGUGCCUCAGCUUCCCUGGAGGUUUGGGUACAAGUUGAAGGGAUAGAUGAGUUUGAACCCAUUUUUACUCAAGAUCAGUAUUUUUUCAGUCUCCCUGAGAAGGGUCAAGGACGACAGCUGAUUGGCAGAGUGGAGGCCUCAGACGCAGAUGGUGGCAUGGAUGGGGUGGUUCUUUACUCCCUUAGAACUCCUUCCACUGUCUUCUCAGUAAACAAAACGAACGGCAACAUUUACUGCCUUAGAGCUCCCCUCCUAAUGAGCAGUCAGCUCAACAGAGAAGACACCCUGGAAGUGAAAAUUAUUGCUCACAGCCCCAAGCCUGGCUCCAAGUCCACAUCCUGCAGUGUGUUUGUGAAUGUCUCUUUGCCAGCUGAAGGACACCAUGGAACAGUAUUGGUUCACAGUUUCUCCAUCAGCCUUGCGGUCUCCUUGUUAGUGUUCCUCUCGCUCGUCUGCACUCUGAUUGUACUGAUUUUAAGGCAUAAGCAAAAGGACCCACUACACAAGUAUGAGGAGAAGAAGACCCCAUCAUCCCCAGAUGCUGACCCCAAAUUGACAGGAGCUUCAAGUGAACUCAAGGCUGAGCAGGAGACAGAAGAGUACAGGGGUGUGACAGGGCCUGGUGGAGUCAUGCCUGCCGAAUGGUUGAACUUAAUGAGUGUCAUGGAGAAGGACAUUAUCCACCUAUUCAGGCACUCAAACUGCAGCGGCCACUGCUCUGUGGAUGGAGAAACUGCAGAAGAUAAAGAAAUCCAGAGGAUAAAUGAGAAUCCUUAUAGAAAGGACUCAGAUUCUGCCCUGAGUGACCGGGGAUCCAGGGUGCCAGACUCAGGCAUCCCUAGGGACUCUGACCAGCUUUCUUGCCUGUCAGGAGAGACGGAUGUGAUGACUAGUUCUGAGAUAAUGGAAGCCAGCCACCUGUUUGAGGAAGGAAUAGGAGGGGAAGGCUGUGACACAAUCUAUGUUCAAAAUAAUACAUUAUCCCCCAGAAGAGAAGCAACAGCAGGUGUCUUGGCUGAGAGCAGGAAAGAGUCCUUCACUUCAGGCAAUCAGGAAGGAAGAUGUGCGGCUCCUUCCACUCAGUUGACCUCUGAUGAUAUCAGAGGCAGCUAUACCUGCAAUUACUUCCUCAGCUGGGAACCCAAGUUUCAGCACCUUGCCCCGGUGUUUAAUGAUAUUGCCAGACUAAAGGAUGAACAUUUGCAAAUGCCUGGCAUUCCAAAAGGCACAUCUUUUGUUUUCCCACCCCCUUUGAUCACAGCAGUAGCGCAGCCUGGGAUUAAAGCAGUUCCCCCACGAAUGCCAGCCAUCACCCUGGACCAGGUUCUUCCAAAAUUUCCCCGGUCUCCCCUUCCCUGUCAUGGCGGGUCUCUACCAGAAACCAUGACUCCCAACUUCUCUCCCUCUCUUUCUCUACUGACAAUGCAGACUCCUGCCAGGUCACCAGUGUUGCCAGAUGGAGAAUCUAUAGGAAUGUGCAUACAUGGCACCUGCCAUGACUUGAAAGCUGAAGACGAAGUUCAAAUAUAGACUGACCAUGGUGCUGACUCCCUGCUUGCUCCCCCACCUCUCAGCUCAGACAUGAAGAGAUGAAAGCAAAUCCAGAAAGAUGGGUUUGUUCUUACCCAACAGCAGAAGAUCUCAUGUAGCCAGCUUUUUUUUUUUUUUUUAACUUGCCCAUUUCAGUUUCUCAAGACUCUUCCAGCCUUAAUGAGAAGUUAUUUGCCUCGUCUAGAUUUUUUAGGUUACUCUCAGGACUCAUGUGUGUGGACCUUAACUAGUAUGUUUUGUCAUUCCGGUUUCUUUGAUGCUUAAAGUUUAUGAUUUGAAUACUCAUCAGAAAUUAUGACUGGAAUUUUUCAUGAUGCUGUGCCAAGAUAGCCAAAAAACGCAUUCUUGAUUGAAUGGAGCAGAAAGCAUGCUCUUGAUGUAAGGCUGAGACGGACAGGAGAAUGCUUAGGCAGCUAAGCAUGUGACUAACAUGUUACUGCUGCCUUCUCUACAAGUGAUGACCCCUCUGGUGCUCUGUCCAGAUAAAAAACCUUCAAAGAUUAAUUUAUAGAAUCUACUUCAUUUUAUUUUCUUCUAGGUAUAGUGACUUUGGGUGUGAGAUAAUUUAUCUACUCAAUGUCCAUUUUUAAAAUUUGUGUAGAUAAAAUUAUGUUACUAGCUAAUUAUAAAUUUCAUAGAGUAUUUUAGCAGUAUAUUUUUAAAUGAAGUUUUUCUUUUAUAUAUAUAUAUAUAUAUAUAUAUAUAUAUACGAAAGUUUCUACUAUUAAAGUUAAGGAUGGGUGUCAGAAGUCUCUCUUCCAUUUACUGUUCUCCUGUACUCUGUCCUUGCUUUGAACAGUCUCACAAUGAGGUGGAAAGAAUUCUGCUUUACACAGUUCCUGUUACAGAAACAUAGUCAUAGUGUCUGGUGCUCACAUGAAGUGUUACAGCCCUUUCUCUGAUGAACCAAGAGGGCAUCAGAGAUACUUUACCACAUCAAGAGGAUGAUUAUAUCCUGAAGAUGAUGAUCAACCAGUCAUCCUCAUGGCAUGGGGGUAGCAUGGAGUCCACAGCCAGGUUUUAGGAUCACCUUCUAGGAAUUCCAUUGUGAAAUAUUUAAUGCAUCUGGGUAUGUUUCUCAGUAGAUCAGACAGGCUUCUGCUCUGUAACUAGCUCUUUUAAUCUCCCCCCACCAUGUAUCCCACUUGUGGAAUUACAUGAAAUGAUUUCUCUUCACUUAAAAACAUCGCAGGUGCAGUUUGAUGUCAAGUUUAGCAGGGCAGUAAUUUGAUGACUCCUUAUACUGAUAGAAUAUAUGACCAUGUCCUCUUGUUGACUCAAAUUGACAGCAUGUGUCUAAGCCCUCAUUCAUAAGUAGUGU